UGGCAAGGCGUGUCCUCACAUCUACGUUGGGGAAAUUGGCACUACAGGAGCUGAUAUCGCGCUCCUCCUGUGUGUACCAUCAGAUGGUGGCAACUAUAUGAGGCGCCUCUUUUAGCUGUGUCUGCGCGUCCUGCCGAUGUUUCUCAUACCGUACAUUGGAGGAGUACGAGAGACACGACGACAGAGACAGAAACAGAGAGAGAGAGUGAGUGAGAGAGAGAGAGGGUAGGGAAUGAAGCUGGUACUUAAGCAUUCCAGCGAAAGCCUAUGAGUUGGCCGUAGCCUCACAAUCAUCAGCGGCAGCAGCAACCGGCAGCGAUCCGCUUCCUGCCCUCACACGACGCUCCGCGUUACUUCUGCUUGUACAGUGAGGGAUCACAAAACACAAUUCAGCCGAGGUUCGGUGCUCCGAAAAACUGUAUAUUUCACCACUUUACUUUUCCUGGAAAUAAAGCGGCAAGAAAUUAGCAGAUGCCUUCCGUUUAUUCUGACAGGUAGGAGUUUUAUAUGUAGCGCCUGUCAGAAUCUAACCAGAGAAGGGAGGAGCGACCCCCUCCAUAUAUAUAUUUAUACAUAGGAAGCAAAUGCUGCUUUGUUUCACCUACAGGCUGUGCUGGAGCGAUUAGUAACACUGUAGCCUGAUCCGCGCUCAGCAUCAGAGCACAUUUCAUGGAGUUCUUCAACCCUUUAUUCAUCAUUUGGAGUACUUUUUCCUCCUCUUGGAGUGGAAAUACUACUGGAAAACUAUAACGGAUUAGGGUGGGAAUAACAUCCAGACUGUGGAAUACGUGGAAUUGCUUUACUUUCUCGGUAUUUCAGACUGCCAGAAGACGAAACAGUAGCCAAAGCCCCGGCGCUGCUUGACAGACUUCGAGGCCUUUUUAUUCUACUUGUUAUUUAAGAAGCCAGUUUAAUUCGUAUUGUUUGAGUCCGGUUUCUUAAUAUCUGUGCCCUUAUUGGCAUAACACUGCUUGCCAGCAAGUGUAGGUAUGCGGGAGGAGACAGCCGAUAAUUAAUGAACGGUUGGCCACGCACAGGUCCUAGUGCGCGUUAUGUAACGGGAUCGGUGUUCAGUUCCAAAAGUCGCUGCCGCAGGCAGGUGCACCUCUUGUGUAGCUGGACAGGACAAACGCAUUGGAUUUAUUUGCCGGCUGCUUGGGAGGUUGGAAAUUUGGCCAGAAAAUACGAUGGGUUGCUGCACAGGCAGGUGUACGCUUGUGUUUAUUUGCGUGAUGCAACUGAUCUGCAUAUUGGAGCGGCAAAUAUUUGACUUUUUAGGAUACCAAUGGGCACCGAUACUAACAAAUUUUGUCCACAUCAUCACAGUGAUACUUGGUCUCUUUGGAACAGUUCAGUUCAGACCUCGAUAUGUAACUGGGUAUGCCAUCUGGUUGGUGCUCUGGGUUGCAUGGAAUGUGUUUGUUAUCUGCUUCUACCUGAAGGUUGGAGACAUCUCAAAGGACAGAGAUGUAAUUAUGACAUUUAACAUCUCUAUGCAUCGUUCUUGGUGGAUGGAAAAUGGACCUGGCUGUGUAGUGACUUCAGUAUCUCCUGCCCCAGACUGGGCUCCUGAGGACCAUCGAUAUAUAAGCAUCUCUGGAUGCUUGCUGGAAUAUCAGUAUGUAGAAGUGGUUCAAAGUUCUCUACAGAUCAUCCUUGCACUUGCUGGAUUUAUCUAUGCCUGUUAUGUUGUGAAAUUAAUUACAGAGGAAGAAGACAGCUUUGACUUUAUAGGAGGCUUUGAUUCUUACGGAUACCAGGGACCACAGAAGACAUCACAUUUACAACUACAGCCGAUGUAUAUCUGCCAAGCAAGAUCCAUACGGAGAGUUGAAGACAGUGAAUUCUACCCCUGCAGUGCAAAAUUAUUUUGAGAUAGGAAGACCAAUAAGCAAUACAUCAGGAAAGUAUUAUAAAUGUCAAAGUAACACAGAAGACUGCCUUACAAACAAAUCAAAGAAUAGUGACCUUUGUUUUUUAGAUGUCUUAAAAUGCUACAGUGUCUUAAAAAAACUGAUUUACAGAAGAAAUUCCUGUCCUGUGUUCUAACCUCAACAACUAAUGGGAAUGCAAUGGGAUUUCCUUUGAUAAUUUUCACAAAAAAAAGAUCCAACGAGAAUGAUAUGGAAGCUCAAUCAUGCAGAUUUUAUGAAUGCUGUCUUCACUGCCAGAGUAUGAGAUAUACACAGUCCAGUACAGUAUAUGACAAUUAAAUAUCUUGAACUGAAAGUUAUUAAUAGUAACAUGUGUAUGCAGAGAUAUUACUCUUUUUCAUGUACUCUGAGUGGUGUUAAAAGUGCCAAGUUUAAUAAAUAGACAGUAAGUGUUGAGAAAAUGAUGACUGUCUAUUAGGUAUUCCAGCCUCGAACUGUUAACAGCCUUUUUGGCAAGAAUAAAAAGCUGGAUUUCAAGGUGACGCCUAAUGACAGCUACAAAACACACCAUCUGAGAAUGUUAAUGAAGUAUGACUUUUAAAUGUUGGUAACCAUCAGGGAAGUCCUUUAUCUCCUUCUGUUGGCAAAAAGCUUAGAACACAGAUCAAAAAAAAAGAAAAAGUGUGUGACUUUUGUAGUUGUACAACAAAACUAAAUAUGCUUUAGUCAAAAAAAAUUGGUUCCUGCAUUCCAAUAGGCAAAGGGUACAUAUAUCAGGUGUUUUAUAAAGGAGCAUCCUGUGUUUUGUGAAAAAACAAAGGGAGAUAAUGUAAAUUUCAGUAAGCAAAGGCCAAUUUAA